AUGGCUGCAUGCAUCAAAGGCGCAACGGUAGCAAGCGGCUCGCUCCCUCCAGUCUCUCUCGCCGAUCCUCCCAAUUCUCCCUCCCCUUCCCCACUCCCGUGCCUUCCCUUUCCGCCAGUCCCAUCUCUCCACUUCCCUUUCAUCCGCCACCCCACUGCUGAUUCUCUCCCUUGCCCCUAUCCUUCUCUCCCUUUCCCCCUGUCCUCCUCUCUCUUUCCCCCUAUCCUACUCUUCCUUUCCCCCUGCCCCACUCUCUCUUUCCCCCUAUCCUUCUCAUUUUUUCUCCCUGUCCUUCUCUCGGCUUUCCCCCUGUCCUUCUCUGCAGUUCCCCCUGUCCUUCUCUCAUUCCCCCUAUCAUUCUCUCCCUUUUCUCCUGUCCUUCUCUUUCUUUCCCCCUAUCCUUCUCUUCCUUUCCCCCUGUCCUUCUCUCUCAUUCCCCCUAUCCUUCUCUCCCUUUUCUCCUGUCCUCCUCUCCCUUUCCCCCUGUCCUUCCCUCCCCACCCUUCCUUCCCCUCUCUCACAUCCCUUCCCUUUCCUACUAUCCUGUCCCAUCAUUCAACCUUCUCUCGGCAUCCCUUUCCCCCCUCUCCUGUCCCACCCCUUUCCCCACUCCCGUCCCAUCCCUUUCCACUACGUCCCCUCGUCCAUCCCAGCCCACAGCACCGGCUUCGCUACCUCAGUUUCCAUCCUGCUUCCCCAUCACCCUCCCUUCAAUUUCCCUAUCAAGCAUUCUUCCCUAAAACGCAUCGUGGACAGCUGCACCAAUAG